AUGUCUUGGAAACAUGACCCUGAUGCCAUUGUGAAUGCGACUUUGAAAAAAUAUAAAGAAUUACCAAAACAAGGGAAACCUAUCUUUCAUGAAACAAAGGCAGAAUGGACAGUAUUAGCUUCUAUUGUCAUGGUGCAUGAGUCCUCUCAAUCGAUCGAGGUCAUUUCAUUAGGCACUGGAUUGAAAUGCUUGCCAUUUAGUAAACUCAGUAAAGCGGGUGAUACACUGCAUGAUAGUCAUGCAGAAGUGAUGGCUCGGCGAGGUUUUAUCAAAUUUCUACUAGAGUACGCCAAGAGCUUUGAUCCUAGCCAUCAAGAUUCCCCUUUUCAUAAAAAGAACGGGAAAUUGGCUUUGAGGCCAGAAUAUUCAUUUCAUAUGUACAUCAGUCAAUCACCUUGUGGUGAUGCUUCCAUGACAGCCCUGGCCGCACAGCAAACAUCCGAAUCAUUUGAACAAUUUCAAUCUGGCUCAAAUAAAAGGAAACGGAUGGUAGAGUAUUUAACAGAAAAUAUGUAUAUCAAUAAGAAGCAAAAGGUAUCUGCCCAACAAUUUAGAAGAGGUCGAUUUGAAUAUGACCAAUUAGGUGUUUUAAGAACAAAGCCAGGACGUGUGGAUUCUGAGCCUACACUUUGCAUGUCAUGCAGUGACAAAUUGGCACGUUGGAAUGUAUUGGGUAUUCAAUCUGCCUUGUUAACUUUCUUGUUUCACCCUAUCUAUCUUUCAUCUGUCACUAUUGGUGACAUGUACGACCAUGAAGCUAUCAAACGAGCCCUUUGCCAACGUUUGAGCUCACUUGAAGGUUUACCAUCAUCUUACAGGCUAAAUUGUCCAAUGAUUGACAAGACAGAUAUACCUUUUGAAGCAUCCAAAUCAGUUUUAGAGAAAAGAUAUGCAUCUACUAUUCCUUCUUCAACAUGUAAUACAAGGAAAAAAGUGUCAAAAUAUCAUGACUCAAUUUUUUUUUUGGUAGCUAUCUUAUGGGUUAAAGGUAUGGCUAAAUCCGAAGUAUUUGUUAAUGGACAAAAGCAAGGUGCUCCCAAAGGAAAGCCGACGACUGCGAAGACAAGACCAUCUAUUUGUAAAUUGAAUAUGUUUCAUGAAUUCUUGGCUAUUUAUCAAAAAGAGGAGAAAGAGAACCAAAGCUAUUCAGAAUGGAAACAAGGUGCUAUAGAAUACCAAAAGGCAAAGACAUGCUUACUAGAUCAAGUAUUCCAAUCUUGGGUUCAGACACCAUUAGAGUAUGAACAAUUCAAAUGA